AGAAAUGAUAUAGUAGUAGUAGUAGUAGUAGUAGUAGUAGUAGAAGGGAGCAUCCUAGCAACAGUCCAUCAUAUCCCAAAUAUUAGAAAUGAUAUAGUAGUAGUAGUAGUAGUAGUAGUAGUAGUACUAGAAGGGAGCAUCCUAGCAACAGUCCAUCAUAUCCCAAAUAUUAGAAAUGAUAUCAUAGUAGUAGUAGUAGUAGUAGUAGUAGUAGUAGUAGUAGAAGGGAGCAUCCUAGCAACAGUCCAUCAUAUCCCAAAUAUUAGAAAUGAUAUCAUAGUAGUAGUAGUAGUAGUAGUAGUAGUAGUAGUAGUAGUAGUAGUAGAAGGGAGCAUCCUAGCAACAGUCCAUCAUCUCCCAAAUAUUAGAAAUUAGGUGGUAGUAGUAGUAGUAGUAGUAGUAGUAGUAGUAGUAGUAGUAGUAGUAGUAGUAGUAGUAGUAGUAGUAGUAGUAGUAGCAGCAGGGGUCUUGUAUUGCUUUAAAAAGACAAACCACAGGACGCUGCCAGACGCUGUCAGUGUGGUCAUGUGACCAUUGUUGCGUUGUUGUUGGUGUGGUGGGUCUCGUAGUUCCAGAUGAAGCUCCAUUAUCAUCUGGCACUGACACAGCACAACCAUUACAGCCCCCCUGGCACAGCCCCCCUGGCACAGCCCCCCUGGCACAGCCCCCCUGGCCCGCAUGGAUGGGGGGGGGGGCUCAUCCACCUGGACUGCUUCCAUCCUGAAAGCGGAGGACUGGAGGACUCUUCUUCGGCUUCCAGGAUGAGGAUGAGGAUGGCAGGUCUGGUGUUUGUGACGGGGGUGUGCGUAGCAGCAAAUGUGGUGCUGUCACUCAAGAUCUGCGCUUUUAACGUGCAAAGUUUUGGCCAAUCCAAGGCAAACAACAAGAAGGUCAUGGGGAUUCUUAUCAAGAUUCUUUCCCGAUGUGACUUGUGUCUCAUUCAGGAGGUCCGAGACUCGAAAGGACGAGCAAUGCAAGCCUUGGUAAAAGAUCUGAACAGGUUUGAUUCCCGGAACUCCUAUUCCUACGUGGAAAGUGAGCGACUGGGAAGGAAAAGCUAUAAGGAACAGUAUGUCUACGUGUAUAGAAGCAACGUGUUGAAGGUUCAGGACCAGUAUCAGUACUCUGGACUUGAACCGGGAGGGACAAACGACACCCAAGUCUUCUCCAGACAGCCUUUCAUCGUUCGACUUCACUCCGCCACCACAUUAAUGAAGGAUCUGGUUCUAAUUGGCCAACACACCAGUCCUAAAACGGCCUUGAAGGAGAUGGACCAGUUGUAUGACGUGUUCAGGGACAUCUACGGCAGGUGGAAGACCGAGAAUGUGAUGAUCUUGGGGGACUUGAACGCCGCCUGCAGCUACGUCACCAUCAAGGGCUGGCGAGCUGUUCGCCUGAGGAGCGAUCCCAGAUUUCUCUGGCUGAUUGGAGACGAGCAGGACACCACCGUCCGGGAGAAGACGCGCUGUGCUUAUGACAGGAUCAUCGUCCACGGCGGUGAGAUGAUUUCCUCUGUGGUGCCUGGGUCAGCUGGAGCGUUCAACUUUAAGGAGACGUUCCAUCUGUCGGAAGAGGAGGCCCUGGCAGUGAGCGAUCAUUUCCCCGUUGAAGUGGACCUGAAGCCAAAUCAUCGCUACCUUCUCCGCAAUGAGCUGUAGACUUAGGUUUGGUAGUUAGCUGUUUCAUGAUGGAAAUGAUGAAGGUCUGGCACAUGGGAACCGCUUUUGCUCCUCCUCCAUCAAUAAAACAUCGUCUGCACACAUGAGAGUGUUUGGAAUCAAUUGUGUAGUCUGCCUACUUGGGACAUUUUCAAGUCCCCUAAACGUGCAGCAUGAUGCCGACACAGCCGAGCAGGCU